AGCAACGGCCGGUCUGUUUGCCGUGUGAGUUUAAUUCCACUUUCAAGGUAUUCUGUAGGGGCAAGUAACUGACUUUUACUAAAUGACAUGCUUACAUGAAUGCUAAAUAUGACGAGUGAAUGAAAUGACAAUAUUGCCGUAGAAUAUUUCAUUUUGCAACGCUUUGAGGGGUUUCACGUGGCGUCGUGUCAUGUGACUUGGGGUGAGAGGUCGCGCGCAGUCUGCUUCCGGAAAAAAUGGCUGCUCCCGCGAAGAAGGUUUUCGAGCUCUUCGUUAACAAAGUACCAUGGACUGUCGCAAACAAGGAAAUGAGGGAAUACUUCGGGCAGUUUGGUCAGAUAAAAAGAUGUCUUCUUCCUUUUGACAAGGACACUGGUUUUCACAAAGGAUUCUGCUGGGUCAGUUUUACCUCUGAAGAGGGGCUUUUUAAUGCGCUACAGAAAGACCCACACAUUAUAGAAGAGACAAAGCUUCAGGUUGGUAGAAAUAGACAAUCUGUACCCCGAAGAUUGAUCGGAGAAGUGGAGGAAAGCUGAAUGUCUGUUGUUAUUGAGAAAUUGUAAACCAGUAUAUGUGAUCUGACAAAAUGUGUAACUGUUCACUGGUUUAUUGUAAAUAUUUAUCACCAAGCAAAAUAAAGUCCCUGGACUUAUCGUA